AUGGCAACCGAAAAGAAAGAAGUGACAUUAUCGGCCACCGUCGAGGAGCCUAUCGACUUGCUUCGUCUCAGUUUGGACGAGAGAGUAUACGUUAAAAUGAGAAACGAUAGAGAGAUACGCGGACGUCUCAGAGCCUUUGAUCAGCAUUUGAACAUGGUACUAUCAGAGGUCGAAGAAACUAUCACGACACGGGAAGUCGACGAAGACACCUUUGAAGAGAUCUACAGACAAACUAAGCGCGUGGUUCCAAUGCUCUUUGUUCGUGGAGAUUCAGUCAUCCUGGUCUCACCUCCAAUUCGUGCAUCCUAA